GAGCGCCGGGGCGAGCAGCGGAGGCAUUAUCCGCGCGGGAUCUAUUGUUUCCCGGCACCCGGGGAGGGGAAGAAAAAAAAAAAAAAAAGAAAAAAAAAAAAAAAACCCAGAGGCAUUUGUGCUCAUCACCCUGUCAUUUGCUCGCUCUCUGCCUUACGUGGCCCGGGAGCUCGGCUCUUCCCCGGUGCCACACACUCGGGAUCCGCCUGGCAGCCGCCGGGAGCCGCAACCAAUGUGUUAGGACUUCAGGUGCUUCUUGGCACAAAAGCUAGCCUGCGACCUCCUCCCGUAGCGCUUGGCGUCACCUGCUCUCCCGGCCCUGCCCCGGGGGCCCGAGGGAUUGCGUCCCGAACCGGGCUUGGGAAUCGGCCGCCUCUCAAAUGAGCCCCUAGUCUUGCUUGAAAAAACCAUUUUGUGUAACUCUUGACUGUGAAUAAAUUUCUGAUACACCUGUUGGGAUCAUCACUGGAAAAGUGUGCCAUUUGAGAGGUCCUACUUGGCCCGUUACUGGGGCUUAGGAAGAGAGGUUUUUUUUUUUUCUUUUGUUGUUUUCCCCCCCAUCACUAUGAGCAUUGGCUUUUCAGCCUUGAAGUAAACAUGUUGAAAGCUGAAUCUUCAGGUGAACGAACCACUCUCCGAAGUGCCUCUCCUCACAGGAAUGCUUACAGAACAGAGUUCCAGGCACUGAAAAGUACUUUUGACAAACCCAAGUCAGAUGGGGAACAGAAAACGAAAGAAGGUGAGGGCUCUCAGCAGAGCCGGGGGAGGAAAUAUGGCUCCAAUGUCAACAGAAUUAAAAACCUGUUUAUGCAGAUGGGUAUGGAGCCCAAUGAGAAUGCUGCCAUCGUCGCCAAAACGAGGGGGAAGGGUAGAUCUUCAUCCCCUCAGAGAAGAAUGAAGCCCAAAGAAUUUGUGGAGAAGACGGAUGGCUCAGUGGUUAAGUUGGAGUCCUCUGUCUCAGAACGAAUUAGUAGGUUUGAUACCAUGCACGAUGGCCCUUCCUAUGCUAAGUUCACAGAGACUCGAAAGAUGUUUGAGAGAAGUGUGCAUGAGUCAGGGCAAAAUAAUCGCUAUUCCCCAAAGAAAGAGAAAGCUGGAGGGACUGAACCACAGGACGAGUGGGGUGGCGCCAAGUCCAACAGAGGCAGCAGUGAUUCCUUGGACAGCCUGAGUCCCCGGACUGAGGCUGUCUCCCCAACUGUGAGUCAACUGAGUGCAGUCUUUGAGAACACCGAGUCUCCAGGUGCCAUCAUUUCUGAGAAGGCUGAGAACAGUGACUACUCGGUGACUGGGCAUUACCCCCUGAAUCUACCAUCUGUUACUGUUACCAAUUUGGAUACCUUUGGCCGACUCAAGGAUUCUCAUUCGAGGCCUUCUUCAGAUAAACAAGGUGUUGAUGCAGAGGAUGCUGAGAAGAGUAAUGCUGUUCUAGUACCAGAAGUGGCUCAGAAAGGUACCUGUCUGGCUUCGUUGCCUGGUGAAGAGAGACAGCCGAGCACAGAAGCUGAGGACUUCACAUCUCACCCAGAGUCUCCAGAGAGCAUUGACAAAGACAGUCCUGAAGAACCCUCUGCUGAAAACCAGGCAAUGCCAAAGUCUCGUAUCUUUUCACCACGAAACGAACAGUUAGAAGAUGCUGAGGCUAAUGUGGUUGGGAGUGAGACAGCAGUGCCACAGAAGAAGGAGCUUACAGGUGGUGAUCUGACCUCUCCCGAUGCGUCUGCAUCCAGCUGUGGAAGAGAAGUACCUGAAGACUCAAAUAAUUUUGAGAGUUCCCAUGUAUACAUGCACAGUGACUAUAAUGUAUACAGGGUGAGAUCCAGGUACAACUCAGACUGGGGAGAGACAGGCACAGAGCAAGACGAAGAGGACGACAGUGAUGAGAACAAUUACUAUCAGCCCGAUAUGGAAUACUCUGAAAUUGUAGGGUUGCCUGAAGAAGAAGAAAUCCCAGCAAAUAGGAAAAUUAAGUUUAGUUGUGCUCCGAUUAAGGUUUUCAACACAUACUCCAAUGAAGACUAUGACAGGAGAAAUGAUGAAGUUGACCCUGUGGCUGCCUCUGCUGAGUAUGAACUUGAAAAGCGAGUAGAAAAGCUGGAACUUUUCCCGGUCGAACUGGAGAAAGAUGAGGAUGGGCUCGGCAUAAGCAUUAUUGGAAUGGGAGUUGGUGCUGACGCUGGACUGGAGAAGCUGGGGAUAUUUGUCAAGACAGUGACAGAUGGAGGUGCUGCUCAGCGGGAUGGCAGGAUCCAAGUCAAUGACCAGAUUGUGGAAGUGGAUGGAAUCAGCCUGGUGGGCGUCACACAGAAUUUUGCUGCAACUGUUCUGCGAAAUACCAAGGGAAAUGUCAGGUUUGUUAUUGGGCGAGAAAAACCAGGACAAGUGAGCGAGGUUGCCCAGUUGAUAAGCCAGACCCUGGAACAAGAGAGGCGCCAGAGGGAGCUGCUGGAGCGCCACUAUGCCCAGUAUGAUGCCGAUGACGAUGAGAACACUGUGGCUGAAUUACAAGGAAUGUCUGGCAACUGCAAUAACAAUAACAACCGUUUCCUUAAGACUGGAGAGUAUGCCACUGAUGAAGAAGAGGAUGAGGUCGGCCCCAUUCUUCCUGGCAGUGACAUGGCCAUUGAAGUCUUUGAGCUCCCUGAAAAUGAGGACAUGUUUUCCCCAUCUGACCUGGACACCAGCAAGCUCAGUCACAAGUUCAAAGAGUUGCAAAUCAAACACGCAGUUACAGAAGCAGAGAUUCAAAAAUUGAAGACCAAGCUGCAAGCGGCAGAAAAUGAGAAAGUAAGGUGGGAACUAGAAAAAAACCAACUUCAACAGAAUAUCGAAGAGAAUAAAGAAAGAAUGCUAAAGUUGGAGAGCUACUGGAUUGAGGCACAGACAUUAUGUCACACCGUGAAUGAGCAUCUCAAAGAGACUCAAAGCCAGUAUCAGGCCUUAGAAAAGAAAUACAACAAAGCAAAGAAGCUGAUCAAGGAUUUUCAACAAAAAGAGCUCGAUUUCAUCAAGAGACAGGAAGUAGAAAGAAAGAAGCUAGAAGAGGUGGAAAAGGCUCACCUGGUGGAAGUCCAAGGCCUGCAAGUGCGGAUCAGAGAUUUGGAGGCUGAGGUGUUCCGACUGCUGAAGCAAAAUGGGACCCAAGUUAACAACAACAACAACAUCUUUGAGAGAAGAACAUCUCCCGGGGAAGUCUCGAAGGGAGACACGAUGGAGAAUGUGGAAGUCAAGCAAACAUCCUGUCAGGACGGCUUGAGUCAAGACUUCAAUGAAGCAGUGCCUGAGACAGAGCGUCUAGAUUCGAAAGCACUGAAAACUCGGGCCCAGCUCUCUGUGAAGAACAGGCGUCAGCGGCCCACGAGGACGCGGCUCUAUGACAGUGUCAGCUCGACUGAUGGGGAGGACAGCCUGGAGCGAAAGGGUUGGAGAGUUUCUUCUCCAGAAUCAGAGUCUGGCGUCACACUCCUCACCCCUGUGGCUAGCCAUAGGGCCCUCUCAUCUCCCCACAUGACUGAGUCUCAAGAAGGAUCACAGCAGCCAGAAAGGGACCCUUUCUCCUCUGUCUCGGGAGACACUUCGCCCUCCUCACCUUCAAAAUCUGAUCACGAUCAGGAAGACUCUCCUUGCCACCGCCAAGCCACCAAGAAAACAUUACAAGAGAAAGAGGAUGCCAAUUCUCCUAAAUCACUAAGAUCAUCUAGUUCAUUCGUGGUACAAGGAGGAAAAUUUAAGCAGAAGUUUGUGGAUCUGGGGGCACCUUUGCGAAGGAACCCCAACAAGGGGAAGAAGUGGAAAGAAAAAGAAAAGGAAGCCAGUAGGUUUUCUGCAGGUAGCAGAAUCUUCAGAAGCAAGUUGGAAAACUGGAAAGCCAAGCCACCCUCCGCAGAUCAGCCCUCUGCUCGCGCUCCUUGCAUGCCUUUCUCCUGGUUUAAUGAGAGCCGGAAAGGAUCCUAUUCCUUCAGGAACCUGCCUUCAGCUCCAAGUCCCCCUCAGCCUUCUCCUGAGACUCUAAUUUCAGAUAAAACAGGGUCCAAGAAUUUCACCUUCAAUGAUGACUUCAGCCCAAGCAGUACCAGUUCAGCAGACCUGAGCGGUUUAGGAGCAGAACCCAAAACGCCAGGGCUCUCCCAGUCCUUGGCCCUGUCCUCGGAUGAGAGCCUGGAUAUGAUAGAUGAUGAGAUCCUAGAUGACGGGCAGUCUCCCAAACACAGCCAGACUCCGAAUCGGGGUGUUCAUGAAUGGAAUGUGCAGCAGGUUUCGCACUGGUUAAUGAGCCUAAAUCUGGACCAGUAUGUGUCUGAAUUCAGUGCUCAGAACAUCACUGGGGAGCAGCUCCUGCAGCUGGAUGGAAGCAAACUGAAGGCUCUUGGGAUGGCAUCAUCCCAGGACCGGGCACGGGUUAAAAAAACACUGAAGGAAAUGAAGAUGUCUCUGGAGAAGGCUCGGAAGGCCCACGAGAAAAUGGAGAAACAAAGAGAAAAGCUGAGGAGGAAGGAACAAGAGCAAAUGCAAAGGAAGUCAAAAAAGUCAGAAAAGAUGACUUCCACAGCAGAGAGCAACAGUGAGCCGUAAUACCUAGCCUCCUGCAGUAGGUGGGAAAGCUUGAGAGAAGUCCCGCCCCUUCCUGACCCCCUUCCCCAGCAGAGGAUGAAGAUGAAACUGUUGGGGAGAAUGCCACUGUAGCUGGUCCAAAGAACUGUGUGUUGAAUGCACUCUUAAUUUUAACCUCCUAAAAUAACCCCUAGCCACCCCCUUUGGUUUAUUAACAGACCAGAAAUCCCACUUUUAUCCUCUCCCUACCAGCAUCCCGUGCUGUGUUAAAGUGUGUGGUGCCUCUUGGAGGACCCCCCUGACCAACUAAUGAGAGAAGGACUCACUCUGGCAUUGUGAGUGGAGUGCCCAGAACUUUCAGUGAGAGCCCCUGAAGCCGAGACAGUAGCCGUGACUGUUAGUGUGUGGAGGGUACCUGCCUUGAGAGGGGGAAGCUGUGCUGCAGAAUCUAGGACAGUGGGCAUGUGGGAAAGGCACCCCUCACUUCUGACUGUACAGUGAGUCAGUCGUCAUGGAGAGGUGGCUGCCCAGCACACACUUCACAGCUGAGGUGAAGAGAGGAAUCAGAAAGAGAGAGAGAGAAAAAAAACAGUUGUUGGUUAACUCUAAAGGACAUGGAAAGGCCUUAAGAAUGUAGAUGUGGGCCUUGGAGGACGACAUUUUCCUCCAAGUAUCGCUGAACAAAGAAGGCAACGACAGAGCGUUGUAACCAUGGAUGCUGGGAUCUGCUGCUCCGUUUGCCGGCGCUGCGAGCCCAGUGUUUCGGCAGCGCUGACAUGCACAGCACAGCUCCUUUUCCCCAGCAAACUGAACAGGAAAUUGAUUUUUAAGGGAACCAACAUUUUCAGGUUUCCUCUCCUGGGGCCUCCCAGCUGGUCUUCAGCCUGCCUGUGACACAAUCAGGAACUUGUCACAUAUUUUCUACUCAGAAUUUCCCCAGUGGGCGCAGUCAGUGUUUUAACAAAUGUACUUUUAAGAACUUAAAACUAGAAAUACUGGUUAGAGAUUGAGAUUUGAGUAACAGUCAACCAGAGAACUUUUUUUUUUUUUUUUUUGAGCACGCGUAGUUCUUUUCUGUGAUGGACAGCCAUCAUUUGCAUUUUAGAGACAUGAAUGACUUUUCUAAGCCAUUCUUUUCCAUAAUGUAGAGCGUUCCAGGUUUAAGACAGGACCUAGACAGUGCAAGAGCCGAUAAACUUCCUUAGGGCCAGUAUUAAGGAUCACAGUAUUUCACCAACUUGAGUUGAGUGCAGGAGACUGGGGCAGGAGGAGGAGAAGAGAAACUCAUCUUGAGAUAUUUCAUACCUUGGGGGCUUUUAUUUGUGUGCUUGCCUUUAGUUUUGCUUUUUUUUCUUUUUUUUCUGGUUAUGUUUCUAACUCACAUUACUGCAUUGACUCUAAAAAAAGUGACAUCAUCUACUUUAUGACGGACAAAUUUCAAAGUAGAGCUGGAGGUCAGAUGACUCCUUGGACAUCAGCAAGCUUUAACCCACCAGGCCCUUCCACUGUCCGCAGCCUGUGCGCGUCUCCCUCAGAGGCACAGGUAUGAGGGCCUGCUUCAGGCUGUGGCGUUACAACAGGUGUCUGCUAGGGUAGGGGUCGGCUGCCGGCAUGGCCUCACCUUGUGUCUCAGCAGUGUGACUUUGCAUUUUAAUUGUUAUCUCUAUUUUUGAAACAUACGAAUCCUGACACUAUCUGAACUAGAGACUUAAUCCUGCUCUUUCUCCCACGGCCUACGUCCUUUUCUGUCCCAGAGCCCUGCUCUUCAGUCUUGGUCCUUCUGGUACAGACCCACUUCAGUCGGAAGCGUGACGUGGCAGUAGCGUUGUGCUCCGUAGCCACCAGCCCUGCUUCAUGGUUCCUCCCUGGAGUAGGGUACUGGGUACCUGCGUGUCUUCAGAUGCCUGACGCUUUGCCAUAAUAUUUUGGGAAACCAAGAGACACAUUGCUGAACUACAAAUUUAGCAAAUCUUUCCUAAUACCAGAAGACUAAGCAAAAAUCUGGCACUACUAACACUUGCAAUUGUAAAUUUCAGCCAUAUUUUUUUUUCUUUUCUUUGGGGAGGGAAAAAAAAACGAACAGACCUGGAUUGCACUGGAAGCUUCUCUGUGUUCAUUUUCAAGAGUGAAAACAGAAGGAUGAUCAUUUUCAGUUGUGUUUACACUUUGAUGAUAGUUGAAAAUGAAUGUAUAUAUUGGAAAUGUCUGUAAGUCUGUCUCUGCCUGUAACUUAUGAUCUUAGAUUGCAUUUCUUAAAUACAGUGCUCCGACGAUAAUGUUAUUAACACUCAGUGCUUGGAUCAGCAUUCAUCUGACAGUUACAAAUCAAAUUCAUAGUCCUUACAUCAUUUAUGUUUAUGUUUCAACUAUUUUGAUUUUUUAAGUUAAAUUAUUGCAAUCUUAGACCAAAAUGAUCUUUUUUUAAUAUUGCUACUUAAAGCUGGUAAAAUUGUAGAAGGCUCUUGACCUCGUUGUUCAGCAAAGGACAAAACAUAAACUGGUUGAUACAGUGUGGAAACAAAGUGAAGGAACUCAGACCUUGUGAGAAUUUUGAUUUCCUGUUAGUUCCUUUAUUGACUGCUGCAUGAUAAUAAUUGAGUUUCUGACGUCUUGCACAAUUUCUGCUUUAAUGCUGUAGUUUCAGGGUUUAUAUAGGAUUUUGGAGGGUUUUUAAGUUGUCAACAAGUGAACAAAAAGGGAAUGUCAGCAUCCUAUGAACUAUAUGCUAGUGAAGGAUAACAGGACUCAUCAGUAACCAAGUGUUUUGGGUACAGGUCAUGGUUGGGAGUGGGGGUCCCUGGUGAGGUCCUGGCAUGGGUAAAGAGCAUUGUAGGAGUCAGGGCUCCAUUAAAGGACUUGGUAAUUGAUUGCUGGGCUUAAGCCACCUCCUCCAGCGUGACUCUUCAGUACACAGUCAUUCUUUCCUUCCCCCCCUCCCCCCGAGUCAAAAGAGCCCUGUCAGAGCAGAAACCAUUCUUUAUCCACUUCAGAGCUCUCAUAAAGCCUGCUCUUCGAACCUCGACCACAAAGCUGUUCUGGGGGGACCUGCCAUCCUUUAGUUGGGGUUGACAUGGGCUUUCCACCUCAUGUAGACUAUUACAGUCCCACACUACAUGAUUACAGUAUGGUAGGCGCUAAUGCCAAACUCAGCUUCUAACAGGCACAAAAUGGGAAUACUUACUUUGUGUUCCUUUCUUUUUGGAAGUGAAGUGGCAUAGGAGAAGUGAGGACUCCUGCUACUGUUCAUGCCGGGCAGUCUUCAUCCUGAGAUCUUAACUGCCUUAGGCCUGAGCUACAGAAAUCUCCACAGGUCAGAUGUAGCGCCUGGGCCUCUAUGGACUAAGCUGAAGAUGAAGAAUUCUCUUUUAGGAUUAACUUGUGCCUGAAAACUAAAUAAGAAGUAAACAAAUUGCAUUUUACAGCUAUUUCAAGUCAUUUAUAAACAUGAAAAGUUAGAUAAAUUUCAGGAGGACCAAUCAGCAUUUAGCAAGCAUCAAGAUGAUUCUGGAGGAGAGAGGGCAAACGACUCUACAAGAAACGUCUGUACAGUGGAUAUUGCCCUGUCAAACAAUGAGAUAUUUAAGAAUUACCAAAUUCCAUUAAAGUCCAAUGAAAGUCUCUUCCCCACAGAGCUGGUGAUAGGGAACACCUCACUUUUAGGGACAGGCAUUCGUAGAGUUUGUGUCACUUGCUUAAUCGCUAAGACCCUCGUGCUACUUGGUGAAAGGUAAUUAGGAAAUGACAGGGCUAGUUUUCACGUGUUUGGGGUUUUUUUGUUUUGUGUGUUUUGUUUUUUUUUUUUUACUUGCUUUGAGUCUGGGCUCUGCCUAUCUCCAGUUCUAAAGUGGAGCUGGAGGUGAGGUCAAAAGUAAAGUAACUGCUUUUCUCCAAAACUGUUCUCAUUGUGAAAGAAUACAGGGGCGUGGUCUCAAGACAGCAUUACAGGAAAUCUGUGUCACCUGUUUAGUCCUGAAAAUUAGACUGCAGGUGCAGGCUGAUUGUGUUUGCUUUUGUCUUGAAUAUUUAAAGUCCCAUGAAACUUAGCCUUGAUCCAAAACACUGGAGGAAAAAUAGCAUCAAAGAAAACACAUUUUAAUAACUUGAAGAGUAGCAUUGAAGAAGCUGGAAUGACCACUUAGACGGAAAGGGAAAAGCUUACACAAUAAAUCACACCCUGGAUAGGAGCACCAGUUCCAUUUGUGGGAGGACCAGGGUCCUCAUCUGUUUGUGCAUGGGUGUCUGUGUGGGAGCCUCAGAGAAUGUCUGUCACUCAAGGCACCAAUCUGUAAGCACCUGGACCUGUUUCUCUAUCCUCAGAGUAGGGGGCCAAAGAAGCUCUGUGCUUCCCAGCCCUUGACCCUACCCACCCCAGACCAUUAGGACUCCAGCAAUGUGCAGGACAGUGCAAGGAGUAAGAGAACAAGCCACAAAUUCUCAGUAUGUGCAUGCCACUUGUGUAGGUGUCAGAGCUGUGUGUGUGAAUAUAGCCCCCACCUUCCACACACAUAUAUACCAUAAGCACGUGGCAUAAAAAUAUACCAUCCUUGGAAUACAGUGAUGUUAGUUAGGACCCUGGGCUGUAAUCAUAGCCUAUUGCCACUUCUGUGUUGUGUAUACAUUGAAUGGCUCAUAGAUUUUAAGAGGUGUUUUUUUUUUUUGUUUUGUUUUGUUUUGUUUUUAAUGUAAGUAUCCUACUAAAUGCACUUACGCUUCUAAAUGUUUAUAUAUUUUGGUAAAAUUGAUUUAUUAGAUCUUUGGUAUUGUAUUUUACUAAGAUAAAUUUUCCUCAAAUGUUUGAUUAAUGCUUUGAUGUCAAGAUUGCACAUUUUUUUAGUUAGAACUCAGAAGAUAUUAUGCAGCUUUGGGCAUUUUCAACUGCAGAUCGCAGUUUUUUGACUAAAUUGCACUGUGUGUUCUUGUGUAUCAACUCUCACCUCUGAAAUGAGAGCGUCCGUAGCCAUGAUGCUCCCAUCACGAACUACUGGCUCUCUGGUGGCAGCAUUCCUGUCGUGUGACCACUAUUUACUUCCUAUGCCAUCAGCUUGAAAUGGCAUUUUUGCUUGCCACCAAAAAUAACACACUGGGUUAUGAGUAUAUGUUGUUGGAAGGUGUGUACAUUCAUUUCCUUCAGCUGCUGUAUGCACGCACGCAAGUUUCUUGUUAAGGACUUAAGCAUCCCUUCAUGAAAGAACAAUUGGCCAGAAAUACCCUAAAUUGUCUUUACAGAAUGAAGCAGGAAGUGAUGCUCCAGCUAGAUAACGCUUUCCAACAGCAUCAGGUUCAAUCAGUGAUUAACAAAGUCUUGGAACAUGUAUACUCUUCGCUAUUAUUUAAUGUCACAGCUACUGCUUUUGGAUCUUUUAAUGAUGUUUUGAUGAAACCACUUGGACAUUUGCUAUAUAUCAAUGACAAGACCAGGCAGCUGAAAACUACAAGGAGAAUAAAAUUCUGUUCUACUGUAAGAUUUGAUUUGUUUCCCUCUUUCCAUAUAUAUUGCUAAAGGGAAAGUUGUUCGAAAAUGAUCUGAGUCAGGUAAGUAUGGAUAGCCUAUUGCCUGAAACUUUCAACUUGUACAUUUUGCUGUCUGAUCAUUUGCAUGGAAGAGACAAAAAGUGCCACCUCUGAUCUGUUCUCCGGUGCCUGAUCAGUGUAUGCUGUUUCAAAUGGCAUUCCGUACUCUUUGGUUUUCAGAGGCGUUCAAAGCUAACUAUACCUUCAGUGGCCCAUUGUUUUCUGACCAUCUAAAAAUACCUGUGAGUAAAUUUAAUUUGCUAGUGUAAAUACAUUUCUUGCCAAUGAGUAUUAUUGUUGUUAGGUAAUGAAUGCAAUAAAAGGAAAUACAGAGAUC